AUGAGGUCCAUGCUACUUGCCGUACUCGCGACACCCAUUCUGGGCAGCCCUGUCGUGGAAACCCUGAAUGCUCGGGUCAAAGAGCAGCCCAGACAAGUCAAUGGAACUGUCGAGUACAGUACCAUGUGCAAGUCCUGCCCUUAUGACCUUUGUCCUAACGUCAACAUUCCCUGGGGUGGCGACAUCGUUACCCUGACCUGCUGGGCUGAGGGUGACAAUGUCGGAGACACUAAACUCUGGUUAAAGACAACCGAGAACUGCUACAUUUCGGAGUAUGACCUUGUCGAGUACCAGGGAGACUUCAGGACUGAUCUCAAGACCUGCGGACAGGUCCCGCUGAAGAUCACCAAACAGCCUGCCAAGGUCAGGUAUCUCUCUGAAUGCAAAUGGGGUUACUCUACCUCGGACGAGUCCAUCAAAUUCUAUGGGCGAGAUCUUGAUGUCACACUCACCUGUUGGACUGAGGGUGGAGAAGUUUUGAACAAUCCACCACGGAUAACUGCCAUGUUUCUGGUUCCGGCCUCUGGGCUACACCUACUGGACAACUGCGGACCUGAGCCUGGCCCACGCAUUAAUGAGACCAAGCGGUCAAUUGACGAGGACGGAGCUCGCCCUGUUGAGCUCCCUUCUCGCGAAGAUGACGAAGAUGACGAGGAGGAAGUAGAGAUCGUGGAAGACGAGGAGCCAAGCUUACUCCCCCGUUGGCUUCAGCCGGAGCAAAUCGGUGAGGAGUACGCACCCUGCUACAAGUGCCCGACUGCCACCACAAGCUCUGCUUGCCCUCGCGUGAAGAGAUACGAGUACAACAACACUGUUGUGAGCCAGUGCCUGACCAGCGAGGACGUCACAUACCCCAACGGAUCAUUCUCCUCAACAUUCUGGAUGUUGACCACCGACUGGUGCUACGUGAACGGAAAUGACUUCUGGGUCCCACCUUGGGAUAACUACCGCUACCCCAGGUGUUCAAACUGGGCUGGGUAUCCUUGA